CCGCCAUGUUUAUGGAGUGUGAUAGAGUGGGCGAAAACUGCUAAAACAUUCUGCUAUAGCGAGGUAACUCACAAGCUGUAUGAGUCGAAUUAAACGUGGGUGAAAUUCAUAAUUUUUCUCCCUACUUUACGUUAAGAAAUAAUAUAAGCAACGGACGUGGAAAUAAACGACACUUUUUCCAGUACGGCGAGCACGCCUGGAUUGGGGGCCUGAGCUGAGCCUCUGCCUGAGUGAGGUAGAUAGUCGCGGUGGCUAAUGCUAGCCGCUAGCGGCUCGUUUCGCGUGUGGAUAGUUUGCCCCCUUCGUCUGUUUUUCGAGGAGUUGAGAGUGCCGACAUCGUUUGUAAGAAAAUGAUAAUAGAAAACCUGGAUGCCUUGAAGUCCUGGCUUUCGAAAACCCUCGAGCCAAUAUGUGAUGCAGACCCGUCAGCGCUUGCAAAAUAUGUUGUUGCCUUAGUGAAAAAGGAUAAAUCGGAGAAAGAUUUGAAAGCACUAUGCAUUGACCAGUUGGAUGUAUUUCUUCAGAAAGAAACACAGAUGUUUGUAGAUAAACUUUUUGAAGCUGUGAACACAAAGAGUUAUCUACCUCAGUUUGAGCAGUCAUCCACAGCUGUCAGAACAGAAGCUUACCAACGGCAAGAAAAAGAUGACCAGAAGAAAGAAGAGCCAAACAAAGAGGAUGAUCGGGACAAGAAGUUCUCAAGGAGGGUGACCCACAGCCCACCUCAGUCCAGCUCACGGUACAGAGACAGUAGAAGGGGAGAUGAUCGCAAGAAAGACGAGCGCUCUAGAAAGAGGGAUUAUGACCGCAACCCUCCUAGGCGAGACUCCUACAGGGACCGCUACAACAGGAGGCGUGGUCGCAGCCGCAGUUACAGUCGCAGCCGCAGCAGGAGUAAAGAUCGGCCCCGUGACCGGGAGCGAGACAGGGACCGGGACCGGAGCAGGUCCAGGAGUAGAAGCCGCUCCAGGAGCCAGAGUAGAACAAGAAGUCGAGGGCACUGCCCUGUUAUUACAGAAAGGGAUGCGGGCAAGUCAAAGUACGACCUUGACCGAGGGGAGAGGUUGCUGGAGCAACCAGAAAACUACACCCCUGCCCCUCUAGCCCCUGGCGGCUCCUCCAACCACUUUCCAGUCCCGACUCUCAGCAGCACCAUCACAGUCAUCGCUCCUACACACCACGGCAACAGCGCCACAGAGAGCUGGUCUGAGUUCCAUGAGGACCACGCGCUGGACCGCGGCCCAUUUGGGCAAGGGCCCCCGCAGAGAAAACGCUGCCGAGAUUAUGAUGAGAAAGGCUUCUGCAUGCGUGGUGACAUGUGUCCAUUUGACCAUGGCAGUGACCCAGUGGUAGUGGAGGACGUGAACCUUCCCGGAAUCCUUCCCUUCCAGGCACAGCCCCUUCCUGUGGUGGAGGGACCACCUCCCCCAGGGCUUCCUCCCCCGCCACCACUCUUGACACCACCACCCGUGAACCUGCGUCCCCAAGUGCCCCCACCUGGGACGCUGCCACCCAGCCUCCCUCCCAUUGCAGGUAUGCUUUCUGAUGCACACACAGGACUCGAGUGCUGGCACAAACUACCAGAAAGUCCUAUACUUUAUUUGCCUCUGCCUCCAGGUCCCCCACCUCCCCUUCCCCCCCUUCAACCCUCUGGGAUGGAUGCCCCUCCAAAUUCCAUCACCAGUUCAGUUCCCACUAUUGUUACAUCUGGAAUCCGGCCACCACAGCCACAAGCCCCUCCUCCUCUCUUUACUUCAGACACCUUUGAAACAGAUGUGUACAAUCCAGAAGCACCCAGUAUCACCAGCUCUUCCAGACCUAUGUACAGACACAGAGUUCAUGCCCAGAGACCAAACCUCAUUGGCCUGACCAUGGGAGAGGUGGAUCUGCCCCCUCGAGAAAAAAUCGCAAGCAGCAAUAGCGUGAGAAUAGUAGUUGAAUCAGACUCCAGGAAACGCUCAGCAGGCCCAAAUGAUGGUGCAGUGCCCUCAAAGAAACCAUGGCAUAAUUUCAAUAAGCCAAAUCACCAAGGGUUUCAUAAGAUGGCAUUUGGAUCAGCAAAUGCAAAGCUAGAUGUAAGACAGAUUCCCAAAGAACUCAACAACAUCAGCAAACUCAAUGAACAUUUCAGUAAGUUUGGAACCAUUGUUAACCUGCAGGUGGCAUAUCAGAAUGACCCUGAGGCAGCUCUCAUCCAGUUUGCAACACAUGAGGAGGCUAAGCGAGCCAUCCUGAGCACUGAGGCAGUUCUCAACAACCGGUUUAUCAAGGUGUUCUGGCACAGGGAGGAUGGCGUCUCGCAGGCGCAGCCACCAUCCCAGACGGGCUUGCAGACUGCUCAGCAGCCCCCAGCUAUGGCCCUCAAGCAGUCUGUUAAGGAUCGUCUGGGUCCUCUACCCACUGGUAACUCCGAAGAGUCAGGGGUAGACUCUCAGAAUGCAACCAAAGUGUCAGUGAAGGACCGAUUAGGUUUUCCCUCAAAAUCACCAGUGUCUGGAGGAAAGGUGCUUUCAACUUCCACAGGACUGACCAAAACGGUUUACAACCCAGCAGCGCUGAAAGCUUCUCAGAAGGCCUUGCCUUUCCUGGGCCCAACUGCCUCAGCAGAGGCCCUUAAAAAGAAACAGGAAGCACUAAAGCUGCAACAGGAUGUACGGAAGAAGAAGCAGGAAAUCCUGGAAAAGCACAUUGAAACGCAGAAAUUGCUGAUCUCCAAACUGGAGAAGAAUAAGGCCAUGAAAGCUGAGGACAAAGCCCAGAUUAUGGAGACACUGACGACCCUGACUAAAAACAUAACCCAACUCCAAACUGAAAUUAAAGCCAUUUCAAGUGGAAAUGCUAUGAAGGUCACAAAAAGCAAAGCCCAGGCGCAGAAGGAGCUGCUGGAUACUGAGCUGGAUUUGUAUAAAAAGAUGCAGGCUGGUGAAGACACAGCACAGCUGAGGAAGAAAUACACACAACUCCAGCUGGAGGCUGCCAAGAGAGGGAUCCUGGGUUCCGGGCGUGGCAGGGGGACCCAUGUGCGGGGCCGUGGGUCCCUCCGGAGCAGGGGGCGAGGAAUUAGGUGCCUUGGUCGGGGAGCGCUGGUCCAUGCGGUGGUGGACCACCGCCCACGGGCACUGGAGAUUUCAGGUUUUACUGAACAAGACCGAGUAGACCUGCUCCCACACUUCGCACAAUUUGGAGAAAUUGAAGACUGCCAGAUCAAUGACUCCACUCACAGUGCAGUUGUUACCUACAAGACAAGAGCAGAAGCAGAGAUGGCUGCAGUUCACGGGGCAAAGUUCAACACCCUAGAGCUGAAGCUGGCCUGGCACAAGCCUGUGGUGUCACUGAACACUGCGGACACUGAGGAGGCGGAGCCUGAGGAUGAGGAGCUCCAAGAUACACCUCUUGCAGACAACUCUCUGCUACAGGAUGACGAUGAAGAGGACGACGACAAUGAGCCUCGAUCCUGGCGUAGAUGAAGACUCGAGCAACGCGUCCAGUAACCAUCAGAGAAUAAAUACCUGUCAUUUUUGAAUAGUUUUUAACAGCGAAUUACUUAUAAGAAUUAACAUUUAAAGCAGAUCUGCUCAGACAGUAUUUC